GGGAUCCGCAGCAAGCAUGGCCACGGCUGCCUCUAAUCCCUACAGCAUUCUCAGCUCCAGCUCCCUGGUCCAUGACUCUGCGAUCAUGCAGCAAGGCAGCCCUUUCAGGAAUCCGCAAAAACUACUCCAAAGUGACUACCUGCAGGGAGUUCCCAGCAACGGGCAUCCUCUCGGGCACCACUGGGUGACCAGCUUGAGUGAUGCCAAUCCCUGGUCUACCAGCCUAGGCAGCAGCCCAUUGGACCAACAGGAUAUUAAACCCGGGAGAGAGGACCUUCAACUGGGGGCCAUCAUCCACCACAGGUCACCCCAUGUCACCCAUCACUCGCCUCAUACCAAUCACCCAAACGCCUGGGGGGCCAGCCCGGCUCAUAACUCCUCGCUAACCUCCAAUGGGCAACCUAUCAAUGUCUACUCCCAGUCCGGCUUUACGGUCAGUGGCAUGUUGGACCAUGGGGGGCUGACACCACCCCCACCAUCAGGCACCACGCAGAGCCUGCACCCUGUGCUGAGAGAGCCCGUCGACCAUGGGGACCUGGGCUCCCAUCACUGCCAGGACCAUUCGGACGAGGAAACCCCGACAUCGGACGAGCUGGAACAGUUUGCAAAGCAGUUCAAACAAAGGCGGAUCAAGCUGGGCUUCACCCAGGCAGAUGUUGGCUUGGCUCUGGGGACACUCUAUGGCAAUGUUUUCUCCCAAACCACCAUCUGCAGGUUUGAAGCCUUGCAGCUCAGUUUUAAGAACAUGUGCAAACUGAAACCUCUUCUAAACAAGUGGCUGGAAGAGGCAGACUCCUCCACAGGUAGCCCCACCAGCAUUGAUAAGAUAGCAGCCCAGGGUAGGAAAAGGAAGAAGAGGACCUCUAUUGAGGUGAGUGUGAAAGGAGUGUUGGAAACCCAUUUCCUCAAGUGUCCCAAACCCGCAGCUCAGGAGAUUUCCUCCUUGGCAGACAGCCUGCAGCUAGAGAAAGAAGUGGUCCGGGUUUGGUUUUGUAACAGAAGGCAAAAAGAGAAAAGAAUGACUCCUCCAGGAGACCCCCAGCAACACGAAGUCUAUUCUCACAGUGUGAAAACAGACACCUCCUGCAAUGAGCUUUGACUGAGGCAAGGCUCACAUAAGUCGGGACUGAAGGAAACUGGAUUUUUAAAGGGUUUCUAACUUAUAUUUUGGCGGAACAAAAUACAAAAAAUGUGACUUAGGAGCUAAACGUUCCAAAAAUAUCCUGGGCAAUAUAUAACUGACAAUUACAUACUGUUUACUCUAAACAAGGUUCGUUCUUUUUGGUGCCCUACCAGAAAGGAGACAUGCGUGCCUCUGAUUAACCUCCCAGCGCCUUGGUUCCAUCAGCUAAAUUUCAGGUGAUUUUGUUUCACAAUAGAGUAGAUUUAUUUGCAUAUGGAGAUUAUCUGGGAUUUUUUUUUAAUGUCUAAGGUGUUUUACUACAGCCUGUACACAAUAUUUGUGACAAAAAUACAUUGUGUUCUCCAAUCAGCCCUAUGGAUAAUCAUCAUUCCUCAUUUUAUUUGAUUUUUUUUUCUGCUGUUUUGUUUUUUUUGCAGUGUUAGAAGGUGUACAUGGAUAUAUCUGUAACUAGUUACCAGAACCAUGGAGCGUAUAUAUUCAUAUAAAUCCUUAUUUAACCAACUGGUGGAUAUAAUCAUUUCUGCAUGUCAUUUAUUGGACAGUUAUUUAAGACUUUCCAGUCUUACCAUAUCAUUAUGCAUUUAUAUAUGUCUUUUUUGCCUCUUGCUUUUUCUUCUUCUUUUAAUAAACUGGCACUUUCCAAAAAAAAGGAUAGAAAAUAGACAAAGAAACAUGCAGAUGAACAUGUAUUGCAGUAGCUUUUGAUGACAAGUAAUAAUGUGGUAUGUUAUUACCUGCUAAGGGUUAGUAGGGCUUAGGGAUGGUGGAAGGUACUGUAUGUAGUAAAACACCAGUCUAUAUGGUAAAUCAAUCUCCACUUUGAGGUUUGGCAAAUGUGCUCGCUUCAUCAUCAGCCUGUAGAUUGGAGACAUCCAUUUCAUUUUCUGUGCAUUGUGUUCACUGUGAGCAGCCAGAGGGGAUCUAAGCUGAGCCUGACAGGCACCACUGAUGCUGUGUCCCUCAGUGAGCGACAACUGUGAGGGGAAGGCUUGCACUUCACAGGUCAGAGAUUUGCACUAAACAUAUACUCCUAGCUAUAUUAUCAUAACAAUGGCUUCUAUAUUUGUAUUUCAGCCACUUUUACCAUCUUUUAUUUUUUGUUGUUGUCAGGCAGAACAUUAGCUUUCUUGCUUUAUGGGGUGUCUAGCAAAGUAUCAUGCAUUUCUAUUCUAUGCAUAGAAUAGAAAUUAUUUGUAUACUGGGGCCUAAUUUUUACUCCAGCACAGAGCUAUUACCUAUAUACAGACACACUUUAUAAAACAUAAUAACACUGGGGCUUCUUUCAGUGCUACUUUUAUGUAGUAAUAGUCAAUCAGAUACACACAUUUCCCUGUGUGUGUAUAUACAUAUACAUAUAUAUAUAUACACACACACAGCCACAUACACAUACACAUACACACAGCCUUUCAUAUCUGAUUCUACUGUUUAAAGUUGAGAUCCCAGGCUACCCUUACAUACUCUGGCCCUGCAGUUCCAGAAAGCAGAAUGCACUUCCACCUAAUUCCACCAUUUCUUUACCUUCCCAUAUUCAAGUCUUCUCUAUUUGGAGCUAUAUG